AUGCUGUUUAACAUCUUUAUUAACAAACUGAGUAACGGGAGAGCGCGCUCUGUCUGCAAGUUCACAGGCAACACCAAACCAGGGGCAGCGGUCAACAUGCUGGAGGGCAGGGUUGCCAUUCAGAGGGGCCACGACAGGCUGGAGACACAGGCUAGCAGGAACCUUAUGGAGUUCAGCAAGGAGUUUCCAGCUGACGGGUUCCUGCUUCUGGCCCUGCUGCUCUACGCGCCCGUGGGGCUCUGCCUGCUCAUCCUGCGCCUCUUCAUUGGCGUCCACGUCUUUCUGGUCAGCUGCGCCCUGCCUGACAGCGUGCUGCGACGAUUUAUUGUGCGUGUAAUGUGUUCGGUGCUGGGCUUAUUUGUGCGGCAAAGUGAUCCCCGGCUUCGUGAUGUCAAUGUGAAGGUGUACAUUGCCAACCACGUGACCCACUUUGAUCACAAUAUCAUCAACCUUCUGACCUCGUGUAAUACGCCCGCGUUGAACGGUGCCCCUGGCUUCAUCUGCUGGUCACGGGGGUUCAUGGAGCUGGGAGUAAUAGGAAGUCGAGCAGAGCUGGUGGAUUCGCUGAAGGUGUAUUCGUCUCACAGAGGAAACCCACCACUGCUGCUGUUCCCGGAGGAGGCUGCCACUAAUGGCCGAGCUGGCUUGCUCCGCUUCAGCUCUUGGCCAUUCUCGAUCUUGGAUAUGGUACAGCCAGUUGCCCUGCAAGUUCAGAGACCUUUGAUCACUGUGAGCGUGGCUGACUCCUCCUGGAUUACAGAGCUUCUCUGGACCUUCUUUGUUCCCUUCACAGUUUAUCAAGUAAGGUGGAUGCCGUCUGUCCCCAGACGAGCUGAAGAACUGAGUGAAGAUUUUGCGCUCCGAGUUCAGGAGCUCUUAGCCAUGGAGCUGGGUGUGGUAUCCACACGGCUCACUGCAGCAGAUAAAACUGAACACAUGAAGAGACUGAGACACACGUCACUUCUUCCCUUUGCCCCAGCCUCAACCCUGGCAGCCAGGCCCAGGAUGCCUUCCAGCUUGACUGGUGCUGGGUCCUUCGCUCCUGAGGACUUGCGGAUCACAGCAAUGGCUCAGCGGGUCAAGGAGGUGCUGCCUCAUGUGCCUCUGGAGGUCAUCAGGACAGACCUGGCCCAGACCAACUGUGUGGAUACCACCAUUGCCAACUUGCUGGAGGGGAGAGUGCCCUUCUUCCCUGAAAGUAAGGAGGCUAGUGCUGACCUGCCUGACCCGUCUACCUCUCAGGCUGCAGCUGCUUCUGCCGUCCAGGGCUCCAUAGCUGUGCCUUCUUCCAAGCCAGCUACAAAGCAAUUUGCGAAGUCCCCUGUGGAGCGGCAUCUGUCCUUGCAGGAGCGGAAACGAGCACUCUAUGACUAUGCCAGGAGGUGAGAGUCCACCUGCACCUCACCCUCUCUGAGUCCCAAGACCCUGCCCCCAGCAGCGUCAGGGUAUGCCCCAAGCAAGGCUCAGCCCUUACUUUGCCCACUUUCCUCCCGUCCUCCUCUUCUGGCACAAGGCAAUGGGGCUGAGACAGUGAGUUGCGGUUGGAAGAAGAGGUGACGGAUAUUUACCUCCUUUUCACUUCUCCCAAGCAUGCAGCCCCUUGUCAUUUCUGGGAAAUGCUCUGUCUCCUGUUUUGUCACUAGGCUUCUGGUUUUGGGGACUAGGUAGGAUAGAAGCUAUUUGUCAGAAACGUAGCUUUUGGGCCGUAGGGCUUAUCAGAAAACCUGAUUUUGUUCUUUUGUGUUACAGAUUUGACUGAUAAAAGUCAUUGUGGGACUAUAGAUAGAUUCUGAAAAAGAAGCUUGAUGUUUGGCAGUAGUGGUACAGUUACACAAUUAAUCUUCCUCUGCGUAAGAGGAGAAUGCUAACAAAGAGCAGAGAGUGAGUGUGACUUCUGUGUAUGGCUUUGAUGAGGCAAAUAUUGGAAAGAGCGUCCAGUUCUGGUGUCAGGGUUGUAUUUGGAAAAGAUUCUGAAAAUUCCAAGUAAGUUUGGAGAGGAACUACAAAUAAAUCUGAGGGCAAGUGAAGUCUGUUAAACUUACUGAAAAUAAGGUGGCUCACUGUAUAUAAUUAUCUUUAUGAAGUGAAGGAACCAGGUACAGAAAGGUUCUUUACUCUGUCUGAGAAAAGCAGAAUAGUAACUAACAGUUGGAAAUCGUAGGCAGACAGACUUUACACAGGGAAUAGGAUAGGUGUUUCUGAAAAGGAAAUUGAUUAAUCAAUGGAAUAAGCUGAUAGGAGGAACGAUGGUUUCUCAGUGCCUGAGUGUCUUCCAGGUGAGCCUGGCUGACUACCUUGGAAGAUGCUUUUUAGAAGAUGGUAGAGAUAACAGAGCCUUUGCUUUAGUCCAAGCUGGCUAAAGGCCUGCUUUCUGCAGGACAGGGUCUGCACUCUAGUCGGUGAUAAACAUAUGAAUACGUUUGUUGGCAAGCUGUGUGCUGAUCUUCUAGGGCCUGUACGUUUGGGUGUGGACGUGGCGUAGCUUUGCCAGCCUUCAAACUGCUUAUGGCAGGGAUGGAGCCUGAGGAGCGAUGCGCCCUUCUGCAAAAAUCUGCUCCGAUCUUCAUAAAUGCUUAGAUCUCCAUCUGGCUGUGGUGGGCAGGCUCAGCUUAUCUGGGCUGAACUCGGCCGGUAACCGCACUGUAUUGUGUUGCUUUCCAAGGCAGAUUUGUCAGAGGCACUGGGAGAAGGGGAGAAAUUCUGCCCUCCGGCAGUCUCUUUGGCCAGACCUGUGUGCCCAGAAGAGCCACCCCUACUUGCACAGGGAGGACCUGUCUGUUGCACAGAUCAGGUGUAGCACUGAGCUUUAUCCAGAACACUCCAGGAGUGUUGGGAGAAGGUUGUGGUGACGCAGGGGUCUGUUAAACCUUUGAAAUUCUGUGGAUGUUUGACAUCCCAUCAGUUUUUCUCUUAGUUAGGCACAUUCUAAGUGCACAUUCCUAAAGGGCUAGUCCUAGAUGACUGCAGGUGGCUCUUAGUCACCAAGAAUUUAAACAGGUCCAUUCUUCUGAAAGAUCCCCUCAGUUUAGAGGAAUUAUAUAUCUCAGAGCAGUCCUAUGGCAUAGAGAAGGUUAGACGCUAUCUUCAGAGUUGUCUCAUGACACAUGAGCGCAGAGGUGGCUGAGGGCUCAUGCUGGGCUUAAUCUGCUCAACAGCAAAGAGAAGGGGAUGGAAAUCCUCUCUUGUGGUUACCCCCUGUUUUAUGUUGCUCCUCUGUACAUUGAUCUUCUGUGUCCCUUUUCUGAGGGUCUUCUGACUUGCUAGAGAGUAGGGGUCUCUAUACUUCUACAAGACGGGAACUCUCAACAGAAUUUGGAAAAGGUGAUUUUUUUCCCUGAUCUUCCUUUAUUACAAAGAAGGGACUUCCUUACUGUCCUAGACGUGAGAACAGGUGUGUGUCUGUCUUAAGUUCUGGGUGACAGCGGUAACCCCUGUCAUUCUGCUACUUCAAGCUCAAAUGAGGUUCACUGCUCAAGGCUUGCUGAAUGUGGUUUAUGGUACAGUCCUCUGCUCAUGCUGCUAAAAGGGUCACAGCGGGAUCGGGCUGUUAUCAGUGGAGAAUUCUGCUUUUGGGGUACUAUUCAUUCCCCAACUACCUAGUAUUCGAUAGCAGUACGCGUUUGAAAUGACAGCCUCUGGACAUCUGUUAGUUCAGGGUGGGGGUCACAGGAGUCCGACAGUCUUGCCAUGUGACCUCUCCCUGUGUUCCUAGAUGGAGUCUUUCUUUGGUCCUGAGCUCCUCUUGCAUGCCUUUCUGUCUCUGGGCCCUUGAGUGUUCUGCAUACAUCUCUCAUCUGAGCUUAGGUAUAAGGCUUAGCUCUCAUGGGUCCCACACUCGGGGACAUUGCCAGCUUCUUACCAGCUUUCCAUAGCGCUUCUCACAUGCGUCCUGGCAUGUCCAGACAGAACAUUUUGGAAGCAGGCAGAUUCCGUGCUUGGACUUGCUGAACAGCAGCUGGCUGGGGCUCCGCUGGCAGGGUGACUGAAGAGAGUGAUAACGUCAGGAAACGUUGACCAGAAAAUCUAAUUCCUGAAACCCAGACAAUUACCUGUUCUGGACCCAAAGCUGCUGCUGUCAGUCUGCAGCUGGCUCUUGCAGCUCAGGCUGACACAGCCCACAAUGUUCUGCUCCUGUGACAUGUUUUUAGUGCUCUGAUGGGCUUGCCUGUAACCAUGACUUUAUUUAGUCUUGUGGCUUUUUGGAGGACAAUGUAUUCUGCCCGCCAGGUUCACCUGAGUUUUCCUAAGCUCUAAACAAGUUUGAAAUGAAAAUAGGAUCUGAUUCUAGCAAAUGUGUGUGUGGUGUGGGGAGUGUCCCAAGUCAGUUGGUGAUGUAGAGCCUCCAGCUGCAACCCUGCAGCAGUCAUGAGAGCAGCUGAGAAGUUUAUGAUCGUCUUACCUGUGCUGACCUCCCUGUGGCCAGUGUCCUGCCCUCCGGCCUCUUUGACUGCAGUGCUGUUGCAGUCCGCGUAACCGUGGACCAGCCCUUUGCUGGGUUUUCUCUUUUCUGACCAACCCUUUGUCUUUUAAGAGAAACUUGUGCACUCUGCCCUCACUCUUCUGUUUCCGCUUAGUAAUCUCAGCUGAGAAAAUUUCCCUUGGCCUUCUCUCUGUGACAACCCCAACCCCAAGGUGCCCUUUGCGGAUCCUGCUCCUGCUGUGUGGGGCUGAGGUUUGCAGGUAGCAAAUACGCUGUAUUGAGGCCACACCUGCACUUCCUUAUUUUUUCAAGCUGGGUCUGCUGCUUCUCACUGCCUGCAGCAGCCGGGUAGAGCUUGUAGCAGUGUCCUCCUGGGUUGAGUCGUGUCCUGUGGUCGGUGUAUCGUAAUCCCUGUCAUGGGCUGAUCAGGCUUAGUGUCCAAAGUGUUUUUUGAGGGUGUGUAUGACCAGGUCUGGUUUCUCAGAGAAGCUGUCAGAUGAUCCCGACAACUUCCCCCUUGCUGCAGAGCCCUGGACACUUAGAUUCUCCCCAGCCCCGUUCCCGGUCUCUGUUGUGUCACGUCAUUACUGCUUUUGUCCUUGUAGAGCACGUCUGGCUUGGCGGGGGGCACCGGGAAGCAGCCUGGGGCCUGUGCAGCAGACACUGUGCGGCCCGUGCAGGGGGCUGGAGUCGGUGGUCUCCAGCGCUGGCCUGGCCUGCUGAGCCUUGGAGCUCCGUCCCUGGUCCCCAAGGGCAGGACGCAUCUUUGCCGAGAUGGGGUCGUGCUCGCCCGUCUGCCGGGUGUUUCUCCAGGGGGUCGCUGCGGUUUCCCUGCUUCGGGG